AUGGUUCCCACAUUUGCCACAAUUAUUCAAACAAAUGUCUUGAAAAAUGAUUCUUUUAUUAAUAACAUAUCAGAGAGUAUUAAGAGUACACUAAAUAAAACUGAAGUUAAAGAAGAAGGAAAGUCAACGACUGAAGCAAUGGUCUUGUCUUCCAAUUUACCGAUUCAGACAAUAAAUAAUCAAAAAACAACAAAAAUUACUAACACUAUAACUGAAACUGAUUUACCGAAAGAAGUGGUAACUGAAGAAGUAAUGACAACAAAUAGUGAAAUGCCAACAGAAAAGGCAACUGAAGAAAAAAUAACAAUCAAGAAUCAAGAGAUAUUUACAAGUAGUAAAGUUCCGACAGAAGUUGUAACUGAAGAACUGACAACAAGUAGUGAAUUGGAGACAGAAGUGGUAACUGAAGAAGAAAUAGCAAUCAGUGAAAUGCCGACAGAAGUUGUAACUGAAGAAGAAAUAACAAGCAGUGAAAUGCCUAUAGAAGUUGUAAAUCAAGAGAUAUUUACAAGCAGUGAAAUCCCGACAGUAGUUGUAACUGAAGAAGAACUGACAACAAGUAGUGAAUUGACGACAGAUUUGGUAACUGAAGAAGAAUUGACGACAAGUAGUGAGUUGGCGACUGAAGUGGUAACUGAAGAAGAAAUAACAAGCAGUGAAAUGCCAACAGAAGUGGUAACUGAAGAAGAACUGACAACAAGUAGUGAAUUGGCGACAGAUUUGGUAACUGAAGAAGAAAUAGCAAUCAGUGAAAUGCCAACAGAAGUGGUAACUGAAGAAGAAAUAACAAGUAGUGAAAUGCCAACAGAAGUGGUAACUGAAGAAGAAAUGACAAGCAGUAAAAUGCCAACAGAAGUAGUAACUGAAGAAGAAAUAACAAACAGUGAAAUGCCAACAGAAGUAGUAACUGAAGAAGAAAUAACAAGUAGUGAAAUGCCAACAGAAGUGGUAACUGAAGAAGAAAUAACAACAAGCAGUGAAUUGCCGACAAUAUUAGUCACUGACAAAGAAAUAACAAUCAGUGAAAUGCUGACAGAAGUGGUGACUAAAGAAGAAAUAAAAACAAGCAGUAAAUUGCCGACAGGAGUGGAAGCUGAAGAAGAACUGACUACAAGUACUGAAUUACCAAAAGAAUUAGUUAAUGAAGAAGAGCUGACAAUAAGCAGUAAAAUGCCGACAGAAGUGGUAACAGAAGAGAUUAUUUCAAGCAGUAAAAUGACAACAGAAAACAAAAUACCAGCAGAUUUUGUUCCUGAAGACGAACUCAUAACCAGUAGUGAACUGCCAAUUGAAUCUGUAAAUGAAAGUGAAGUUAUAAAUGAAGAGACAAUAAAUACAAGCAGUGAGGAGACUAUCACUUACACUAAUUCUCUAACAGAAAUCAUUGAGAAAGAGAUACAAAAGACCAGUAAAUUACCAAAUAAUGAUAUAACUGAAGAAAUGAUCACAAAUAGUGAUAUAAAUACAGAAAUAGUAUCAGAAGUAUUCACAACAAUAAACACUGAACUACCAAUUAAAUUGGUGUCUGAAACACAAUCAUCAGUAAUUGUCACUCAAGAAGAAAAAACAACAAAUAGUCAAAUACUAAAAGAUGUUACAAAAGAGAAAGAGAUUACCACAAGUGAUAUAUUGUCUGAAUUGUCAACAAAUGUUAGUAAAGAUAAUGAAAACAAUAGAAAAUCAGAAUUGUCUGAUACGACGACAACUCAAACAUCAAUUAUUUUCCCGAAAGAAGUAUCAAAAGCCACCAAAAGGUUUCCAUUCGAUUGGAUUCCAAUAAGAAUUACAAAACCAAUGAAUAUUCCGAUGACAACCACACAUAAACCCGAACCAACUAAAUCUCGUCGACCUUUUUGGGUGAUCAUAAAACCAGUCGGUCGACCGCUUCCCACAGUAACUAAACCAGUUUUGGUGACAAUUGCACCAAAUAUUACGGAAACAGUUGCAACAACAAUAAAAUCAACUGAAUCUAUGAUAUCAGAGAAUAAAACACAAAUUACUGAAAAGCCAGUGACAACAUUGUCCACAAUAUAUAGUAUAUUUAGCACAAAUAGUAAACCAAUCAUAACUAAUGAUAUAACUAUUGCGUCAAAUGAAAUACAAACAGAAGUGGUAACUGAAGAACUAAUAACAACAAGCAGUGAAUUGCCGAUAGAAGUCGUAAAUCAAGAGAUAUUUACAAGUAGUAAAGUUCCGACAGAAGUUAUAACUGAAGAGCUGACAACAAGUAGUGAAUUGAAGACAGAAGUGGUAACUGAAGAAGAAAUAACAAACAGUGAAAUGUCAACAGAAGUGGUAACUAAAGAAGAAAUAGCAAGUGAAAUGCCGACAGAAGUUAUAACUGAAGAACUGACAACAAGUAGUGAAUUAACGACAGAUUUGGUAACUGAAGAAGAAUUCACGACAAGUAGUGAGUUGGCGAACGAUUUGGUAACUGAAGAAGAAAUAACAAGCAGUGAAAUGCCUAUAGAAGUCGUAAAUCAAGAGAUAUUUACAAGCAGUGAAAUGCCGACAGUAGUUGUAACUAAAGAAGAAUUGACAACAAGUAGUGAAUUGACGACAGAAGUGGUAACUGAAGAAGAAAUAACAAGUAGUGAAAUCCCAACAAAAGUGGUAACUGGAGAAGAAUUGACGACAAGUAGUGAAUUGGCGACAGAUUUGGUUACUGAAGAAGAAUUGACGACAAGUAGUGAAUUGGCGACAGAUUUGGUUACUGAAGAAGAAUUGACGACAAGUAGUGAAUUGGCGACAGAUUUGGUUACUGAAGAAGAAAUAACAAGCAGUGAAAUGCCGAUAGAAGUCGUAAAUCAAGAGAUAUUUACAAGCAGUGAAAUGCCGACAGAAGUGGUAACUGAAGAAGAAAUAACAAGYAGUGAAAUGCCAACAGAAGUGGUAUCUGAUGAAGAAAUAACAAGCAGUGAAAUGCCUAUAGAAGUUGUAAAUCAAGAGAUAUUUACAAGCAGUGAAAUGCCGAUAGAAGUGGUAACUGAAGAAGAAAUAACAAGCAGUGAAAUGCCGAUAGAAGUGAUAACUGAAGAAGAAUUGACGACAAGUAGUGAGUUGGCGACAGAAAUGGUAACUGAAGAAGAAAUAACAAGCAGUGAAAUGCCGAUAGAAGUGGUAACUGUAGAAGAAAUAAAAAGUAGUGAAAUACCAACAGAAGUGGUAUCUGAUGAAGAAUUGACGACAAGUAGUGAAUUGGCGACAGAUUUGGUUACUGAAGAAGAAAUAACAAGUAGUGAAAUGCCAACAGAAGUGGUAUCUGAUGAAGAAAUAACAAGCAGUGAAAUGCCUAUAGAAGUUGUAAAUCAAGAGAUAUUUACAAGCAGUGAAAUGCCGAUAGAAGUGGUAACUGUAGAAGAAAUAACAAGUAGUGAAAUACCAACCGAAGUGGUAUCUGAUGAAGAAUUGACGACAAGUAGUGAAUUGGCGACAGAUUUGGUUACUGAAGAAGAAAUAACAACAAGCAGUGAAUUGCCGAUAGAAGUCGUAAAUCAAGAGAUAUUUACAAGCAGUGAAAUGCCGACAGAAGUGGUAACUGAAGAAGAAAUAACAAGCAGUGAAAUGCCAACAGAAGUGGUAACAGAAGAAGAAAUAACAACAAGCAGUGAAUUGCCGAUAGAAGUCGUAAAUCAAGAGAUAUUUACAAGCAGUGAAAUGCCGAUAGAAGUGGUAACUGUAGAAGAAAUAACAAGUAGUGAAAUACCAACCGAAGUGGUAUCUGAUGAAGAAUUGACGACAAGUAGUGAAUUGGCGACAGAUUUGGUUACUGAAGAAGAAAUAACAACAAGCAGUGAAUUGCCGAUAGAAGUCGUAAAUCAAGAGAUAUUUACAAGCAGUGAAAUGCCGACAGAAGUGGUAACUGAAGAAGAAAUAACAAGCAGUGAAAUGCCAACAGAAGUGGUAACAGAAGAAGAAAUAACAACAAGCAGAAGUGGUAACUGA